UCUAGAUCUAAAUAAUAAAAUGUCCUUUAGGAAUAAUGCACUUGAUUUUGUUACUUCAGAUACAGUUAGUAGAUUGUUAGAUUAUCCAUCGUUAUUUAAAGCAAUUGAAAAAGGUUUGGCAAACUUCUCAAACAGAAAAGCUGGAGGCAUCGACCAACCUGUGCGUAGCACCGUAGCAGUAGCUGAAGCAAAUGGGUUUCUUGGGUGCAUGCCAGUGUACAGUAAAGAAGAUGAUGUACUUGCUACAAAGCUUGUUUCUUUUUAUCCACUAAAUAAGGACUGCCCAACACACAGUGCUAUCAUUGCUGUUUUUUAUCCCCAAACUGGAAUACCUAGAGCUAUUCUUGAUGGUGAUGUGAUUACUGCUAAACGAACAGCAGCAACCUCAUUGGUUGCUUCAAAGUAUCUUGUAAAUGGGGAACCCAAAAUUCUAGCCAUUUUGGGAUCUGGUGUUCAAGCAAAAUCUCAUUAUGAAGCAUUUUGUCAUUUGUAUAAUUUUACAGAGGUUCGUAUAUGGAAUCAUCGAAAAGAAGGAGCUCAGAGACUAGCUGAUGAGUUGGGCAGCAAAUGUGUGGCAGUCGACCAUGUAGCAGUAGCAGUAGAAAAUGCUGAUGUCAUUGUAACUGCAACCAGUGCCACAGAACCUGUUUUAAAACUUGAAUGGGUCAAGCCUGGUGUACAUAUUAAUGCUGUUGGUGCCUGUAGACCCAAUUGGUCAGAAAUAGAUCCACUGCUUAUGAAUGCUGCUACAGUGUAUGUGGACAGUCAAGAGGGUGCCCUGAAAGAGAGUGGAGACAUUAUCAUAUCACGAUCUCCAAUAUUUGCUGAGAUUGGAGAAGUCAUUAAUGGUACAAAAGAAGGAAAAAGAAAAGAAAUCACAGUUUUUAAAUCUCUGGGUAUGGCCAUAGAGGACGCAAUAGCAGCAAAGAUAGUCCUGGAUAAAAUGGAAAGUCUUCCGUCAUAGAAUCAUGAAAAAUGUUGGUUAAACAGUGUUUAAUCACCAGCAAAUGAUUUAUUAUUCAGAUUUUCCUCACACAAUAACUGUAGAUGUCAUUUUUAAAACAUGGACAUCUAUCUACAUAUAUAAAAGCAAAGUAGGGGUUAUUUGUUUAUUUAUCACUCACAUUUAUUUGUUUGGGUACUUGCAAAUUCUUCUUCUUCAUUCUUAAUUUUUAAUGUUGGAAGGGAUCGAGCCUUAUCUGCCAGAGGGUUUGAACUCGAGACUUUUUUUCGAAUUUUAUCAACCAUGAGCUUUGCCGACUCGACCAUGCUUCAAUCACAAUUAAGGAUUACGUGUCAACUGGUUAUGCGCCAUUGAGGCCAUUGACUCCGAUUUCAGCCUGCUUUUCUUUUUGGAUUUGCUUCCAUAGCCUUUGUCCAACCAAGAACAAACUAGUUUGUUUGAUUUUGUAGUUGUCUCUCCUAGAAGAGUGGCUGUCCCCAGCUAACGAGCCUCAUCUGCCCGAGGGUUCGAACUCGAGACUUUUCGGUUUAGCAACCAUGAGCUUUACAGACUCGACCACGCCGACCCCUUACUUGCAAAUAAGUUUCAGGGAAAUGGUUCCUUGACAAUAUGUGCUGUUCACCUCUGAUUCUCACAUGAAAAUUAGAGCCAUCUCAUGAAUUGUAUUUAUUGAGACCAAAAACUGACCAAACAUUUAUAUAGAGCUGUGU